GUUCGUUAUUUUUCCCAGGGUUCCCGAUGUCUCGUUCUUUGGAAUCUAGAUUGUUGUGUGCAGUCGACUAUUGGAAUCGACUUCAUCAAUUCCCGACACUUGGAGUCGGAGUCAAUUUCACAAUUUCUGGACUCAAACCGCCCAAACUGUCAGCAACGUCCUGUAAUGAUUGUACUGAGCGUAACAUCAGCAGGUGGUAAAUCAGGGCUUUUCAGGAGCUGUUGAACGCAGCACAGGCCACCUUUGUAUUUACACAAAAGCAAAGCAUAACAGCAGCUGAGUAAGUACAUUCGCUUCGCACCGACCGACGCAUUCGUACAAGGCCCAUCUCUAAUAGGCAUGGUUUGCAACUGGAUGUGCCACAGAAUGUUCUUAAAGUGAGUGGAAGCAAACCCAAGCCACACCGGUGAUGACACAUGCAGUUAGCCAUGCGGGUGGCAGUCAUUGGAGCAGGGGUCAUUGGCUUGUCCACUGCCCAGAGCAUUUAUGAGCAUUACCACGACAAAGUCAGUCCCCUGACUAUAGAGGUCUAUGCCGACGUGUUCACCCCUCUUACCACCAGCGACGGGGCGGCAGGGCUGUGGCAACCGUACCUGUACGACAAGGGCAACGUCCAGGAAACGAAAUGGAACAAAGAGACGUUUGAUUACCUCCUGAGUUUCCUUAGCUCUCCUGAGUCAAUAAAGAUGGGAAUAUUCCUCCAGUCUGGCUACAAUCUAUGUACAACGCGCGGCCCAGAUCCCUCAUUUAAAGAUACUGUGUUGGGUUUUCGUGAGCUCACUCAGCGUGAGCUUGAUAUAUUUCCAGGAUACAGCUUUGGUUGGUUUAACACUGCUCUAAUGGUGGAAGGGAAGACCUACCUACCCUGGCUCAUGAACUGGUUGUCAGAAAGAGGCAUCAAGUUUUACCAAAGGAAAAUUAACUCAUUUCAAGAGCUGGCAGAUAGUGGUGCAGACAUCAUCAUCAACUGCUCUGGUGUUCGAUCAGGUGACCUACAACCUGACCCUGAGCUCACUCCAGCCCGAGGACAGAUCAUUAAGGUAGAUGCUCCUUGGAUAAAGCACUGGAUUCUGACCCACAGUUUCACAGCAGAAGUUUACAGUAAACCGUAUAUAAUCCCAGGGAGCCGUCUGGUCACCGUCGGGGGAACUUUCCAGCGAGGAAACUGGAGUCAGCAAAACAGUUCCAUUGACCACAAAAAAAUGUGGGAUGAGGCCUGUAAACUUGAGCCCAGCCUAAAACAUGCCCGGAUCGUGGAGGUCUGGACUGGUCUCAGGCCAGCACGCAAUAAAGUGAGGCUGGAGAGGGAGACCAUGCGAUCUGGACUGAACACUUUUGAGGUCAUCCAUAACUAUGGUCAUGGAGGCUAUGGCCUGACGAUCCAUCGAGGAUGUGCUGAGGAAGCCGCCCGGCUUGUUGGAGAAUUCCUACAGCAGAAAGGCUGGCUAACGAAACCUAAAUCUCGACUGUAAUCCAGCAGAUGAUUAACAUUAGUCCUAAUCUAGAUGGCCAUCAGUUAUCAACAGUUUUAUAUCAUGUAGUGGAUUAUCUACAAAGGUUGAAAGGUUCGUUUAAUUCUACUGUUUUUCUUUAAUUUCUACAUAAUUUAGUAAUUAGGAUGCAAACAAACUCAAGGCUGAAUUAAACCUGGAUACCCUAAGGAUAGAAAAGUGGAAUUAAGUGGAUGCUUGAUUGCAGGCUGUUGGUGGCAAUAAAAAUGAUCUCACUAUAGUGGAAAUCAAGAUAUAUAGAGUAUAAUAUAUAGACAGAUAUAUCAUUGCUGUCCACAAAAAAAAACAAGUAUUUCCUUUUUUGUGAUUUUUGGUUUUCAUAAUAAUGGACCAAUCAGAAUGCUUUAAAAUUGCUUGGAAUACAAACAUGUUAUAUUCAUUUACAUUAAAAGAUAAGAAUGUUUCUGCCCUUUCCAGUAAAGUUAUCGUUUUGGAGAUUUUUUAAUUUUUUUAGAUGUUCUUUAUUUGUGAUAUAAGAAUAUUUGACUAAAUUCAUUUUUUAUGAUAAAAUCGUGCAUAUUUUAACUUUCCCCCAAUAACCCUACAUUACAUUUUGUAAAUAGGUAGAUAUGAGAGUUACCUGAAAUGAUCAAAUUACUUUAUUGUGAGAAAGCAAUAAAUACUGAAUGAAAGUAA